CGGCUGCCGGCGCGGGGCUGGCUGGCGAGCCUGGGAGGCGCCAGGAAGCGCUGGAACACCGGUGCCUCAGGUGAGGAGCCGCAAGCGCAGUGCGUGUUUGCCAGCGCAGGGCGGCGGUGGAGCCCGGCACCGCCGCUGCCAGCCCGGGAGAUCCGCUGAGGAGAACCAACCCCGCUGCCGUUUGAGUCACCCAGGGAUAGCGGCUGUCCCCACACGUUCUGGAUCCUCGCCUGUAAGACCGCCUGUCUCUCCGGGCGUUUGUGACACCUGAGGCGCGAAGGGAUGCGAGGUGCAUGGUGACAGCACUGCAGCAAUGAGUGGCAUUUUAAAAAGGAAGUUUGAAGAAGUUGGUGGAACCUCACCCUGUUCAUGUGUGUGGGAAUCAGAUGAUGACGUUUCUAGCAGUGAAAGUGCUGAUAGUGGAAGUAAUGUCCAUCCAUCUGCUUCUAAUCAUUUUACUCGUACAUGUGACAGCAUUGCAGCAAUGAGUGGAAUUUUAAAGAGGAAGUUUGAAGAAGUUGAUGGCUCCUCACCUUGUUCCUCUGUGAGAGAAUCAGAUGAUGACAUCUCCAGCAGUGAAAGCGCUGACAGUGGUGAUAGUGUCAAUCCAUCUACUUCUAAUCAUUUUACCCCAUCUUCAAUCCUGAAGAGAGAGAAGCGGAAGAGAACAAAAAAUGUCCAUUUUAACUGUGUUACUGUGUAUUACUUCACAAGAAGGCAAGGCUUCACCAGUGUUCCCAGCCAAGGGGGAAGCACACUGGGAAUGUCCACUCGCCACAACAGUGUGCGCCAGUAUACACUGGGAGAGUUUGCCAUGGAGCAGGAGAGGCUUCACCGAGAGAUGUUGAGAGAGCAUCUAAGGGAAGAAAAGCUCAAUUCCCUAAAGUUAAAGAUGACAAAGAAUGGUACAGUGGAAUCUGAGGAAGCCAAUACACUGACUCUGGAUGACAUUUCUGAUGAUGAUAUUGAUCUAGACAACACUGAAGUAGAUGAGUACUUCUUUCUCCAACCCCUGCCUACAAAAAAGCGGCGGGCAUUGCUGCGAGCUUCUGGAGUGAAGAAGAUCGACGUGGAAGAAAAGCAUGAGCUGCGAGCCAUCCGCCUGUCCAGAGAGGAUUGUGGCUGUGACUGCCGCGUGUUCUGUGACCCAGAAACUUGCACCUGCAGUCUUGCAGGCAUAAAAUGUCAGGUGGAUCGUAUGUCUUUUCCAUGUGGUUGCACUAAAGAAGGGUGUAGCAAUACAGCAGGUAGAAUCGAAUUUAACCCUAUCCGUGUACGGACUCACUUUUUGCACACGAUAAUGAAACUUGAAUUGGAGAAAAAUAGAGAGCAGCAAGUUCCAGCACUCAAUGGCUGUCACACUGAGAUAAGUGCACACAGUAGUUCCAUGAGUCCAGGACCCCAUCCAGUUGAAUAUUCGAUUGCAGAAAAUUUUGAGAUUGAAACUGAACCCCCGGCUACAGUUAUGCAUUCCCAGUCAGCCGAGGACUUGGACUGCCCAGGGGAAGAGGAGGAAGAGGAAGAUGGGAGUAGCUUUUGUAGUGGAGUUACAGAUUCUAGUACACAGAGUUUAGCCCCUAGUGAAUCAGAUGAUGAUGAAGAGGAGGAGGAAGAUGAGGAGGAAGAUGAGGAGGAAGAAAAAGCAGAUGAUUUUGUAGAAAGUAUGAGCUCCCAUGCUGAUAUGGUGCCUCUUCCUUCUGUCCUUUGCUACUCUGAUGGAACUGCUGUGCAUGAAAACCACUCUAAAAAUGCCUCAUACUAUACUAACUCUUCAACUCUAUAUUACCAAAUAGAGAACCACGUUGCUGGCACUGCUAACCAGAUUGGUGAGACUUACUCAGAAAGGGAUGCUGUCAAGAAUGGUAGUCUUUCUCUGGUGCCUUACAACAUGACUUCAGAACAGUUUGUUGACUACACACGGCAAUCAGAGGAAACUUUUAGCAGCCCUCAUUACCCUUCUGCAAACCCCUCAGUGAUUGUUUGCUGCUCAUCUUCUGAAGGGGAUGGCAGUGCUCCCUGUAACAGUUUAUACACUGAGCAUAGGCCGAGUCACCCGCCAGUGGAGUUUCACUCAUACUUGAAAGGUCCUUCUCACGAUGGCUUUGUUUCAGCUUUGAAUGGUGACAGUCAUGUGCAAGAACACCCUGCUGAGAAUUCAUUAAACCUCCCAGAAAAAAGCAGACUGCACGAAGAGUGCAUCAAAUCACCAGUGGUAGAGACGGUGCCUGUUUAAUAUUAAAAUUAUUUUAGGACUGACUUCCUGUGUUAAAAUUCACUCCCAUUGGAUUUUCCUAGAAACUUACUUUUUUAAAAGGUAGACAACACUUGGACUAUAGUAAAAUGUUCCAGACACAUUUUGUUUUCUCAAGCUACACUGGCAGUGGUAUUGCACAAAACCAGUUAAUGUAAAGAUUUAAAAUAAUCAACCCCUUUUUUUGAUAAAAAUAAAACAGACAAAUGAAAAACACACCCAACAUAUUUAAAGUCACCUACCUAUGAACAUAUGUGAAACCUGCCAAGCUAUCUGAAUCAAAGCUUCAUGUUUUUGACUGUCGGGCCUGUGCAAGAUUGUUAAAAAUGAUACUUUGAAAUAAUCAUGUUUAGAGUCCUAAUUUUCAACAUAUCUUAAAAGAUGGUAAGUUUAAUGUAAAAGUAACUGCUGUACAAAGAAAAAAAUUUUAAAUGUUCUGUACUGUAUGUAUUUUAUUUAUGGUAGUUUAAGAUUCAUGUUUUGAUAAAAAUGAACAGCAUGUUCAUUGGAGCAGAAGAUCCAUAGCUGCUUACAAAGAGCGUGUCCACUUUUCAUCUGGAGUACCCUGUAUUCCUUAUUUUUUCUUAAUAUCAUUUCUGAUAAAUCAUCUUGAAACACAUUUUUAGUGUACUAUUUUCUCUUUUACUGUUCUUCACAAACAGAAGAGUCAAACAGGGGGCAUUUGCAUCUUCUAGAAUAGAGAAAGGUAGACAAUCCUCCAUUUAAAACUGAAAUCAGUGGCAUUCCAGAACUAGUACCCCCUCCCCAAAGAAAAACGAUCUUGUAUAUAGUGGCAAAGCAGUAGCUUAAGCUCACACAGCACCUUCAGCCCAGCCACCACUCAGAUACUUACGCACUUUAGUGCCACUUUGCAGUACUGUACGAACUGCGGGACCUGUGAACCUCUUCGGAGAAAUGCCAUAGCUCCAGACCCUGAGGCAAUGUAAGAUCUUAAAAUUCACUGUAACAAAACCUGUACAUUUUUCCCAAGCCAGUUUAUGAAUAUGUCAGUAUGCAGUUUAUCAAAGCAGAGCCUUACUGAUCAAAGUUUAAAUAAAGCAUGGAAAAAAAAUGUGGAAAUGUCUAGAUUGCCUAAAUUCUUAUUAAAUACAAGACUGGCUUAUGUGGACUUCUGAUUGUAUCUCAAAUUUAGUACCAUUUGGUCUUAUUUGGAAACAGUCCAUUCAGUGAGGAAAAAUAGCUUCAGAAAUUUUGUAUCUGCAAAAGUCUGCAAGCAAACAUGUGCACCAUAUGGAUAUCCAUUACCUUGUGAUCCACUUGUUUUUAAAUAAAAUGGGAAUGAAAGUACCUUUAAUUUAUUAAACAACCUUGCUUUUGUCUAGAAGAGGAGGCGUAGGAGCCAGCUUUUCUCUGCACUGGUAAUUCUGCACUGCCUUAUUUUGAUUUCAAAAUUUAUUUCAGCAUUUUAAUUCUUCUAAUACUGAAAUUUCAUUGAUUAUACAUCAAGUGGUUGAAAUGUAGGUCUGUCUUGUUUGUCAAAAUAAGGAUCAGCAUCUUUGUUUUUAUCGGUGUCAAAUCUAGAUGGUUAACAGUGUGCAUGUAAACACAGUGUAAAUUUUAUCUCUGUAACAGUGACUCUUCUGGUUAGAAGCUCUUCAAAAAAUCAUGUACAGUACUCCAGUAGAAAAACUGCCGAUGUAAAAUACGCUUUUCAAGAAAAGAGCUAACUUAAUUGUUUUUAUAUGAAAUCUGGGCAAAGUGAUUUCUCAUAUUUAUGCUAAAUUAGCAAAAUAUUUUUACUCCAUGUAGUAGCUGGAAAGGUUUUUUAUUUACUUGUUUCCACAAGAAGUCCUACAUGUUUUAUAUGAACUGCAUUGAAAAGUCUAGUUCUCUAGGGACUGGAUUCCAAACUUGCAACGUGUUCCAUCUCCUGGGAAAGUGCACUCAUGUUGGUUAUCUGGCUCAGCAGUUCCACAGCCUCUGUUCCUCGCAGUCACAGACCACUCUAGUCUCUAAGCCUGAGUAGCCAGGUAAGUGCCUGUAUCUUCAAAUGCCAUACAGCAAUUACCUAUGAUUUUUAAAGAGAAACGUGCUAGUCCUUAAAGUUCUGCACUUAAGAAUAAAAUACUCUGUUCAAGAUAUUCUAAGGGCAAAUGUAACAAGUCUCCAUGUAUACAGGGGUCUUGCUUUAACAAUGGGCUUAAAUUAGACACUCUCCCUUUCUUAACACCAGCACUAAAAGCACAAAUCUCUUUUCCUUGAGCUGGGACAGUAAACGAGGAUCAGUAGCAGCUCUUCAGAGUGUGUUGGAGAACCAUACACACUUUACUGGGGUAUUUCUCUCAGGGGAAGGUUAAAUGAAAUCUUCUGCUUUGUUAUUUGUGCCCUUACUGAGCAAUAAGUAAUUAUUUUCUUGGCCCCUGUGCUUUCACAUGAAAAAUAUCUUUAAUAAUAUCAGCAAGCACAGUAAGUGAUCAACUUUAUAAAAUAUUUCUGAGCUAGCUUUAGAAAUUGAGAUGAUGGUUAUUUACUAUUUCCAUUGGCACAGAUUUCUGAUCCCAGUUCUCUGUAAUAUUAGCAUCUGUAAAAACUUUUGAGUAUUUGGAUGUGUAUGUUCCAUGCUGUUGGGCCACCACGGGUGAAUACAAAUUCUCUAAAGCCUGCAGAGUAGGAUAACAAGCAGUACCUUGUAAGAGAGAGGUAGAGGGAGCAGGGACUAUAUAAAGCAUUUGUGAUGCACUGUUUUCCCUGGGAGUCAAAAAGUAAAAUGUGCAGAAUAAAGAUUUAAGUUGAAAAAAUAUUCCUAAUUGACUAGGUGGUGAUAAUGAAGCUAAUAAUACUUCUCUUUUGAUGCAAUGUGAUAUUUUGUGAUCAAGAUUUGAUCUCAAGAUACAAAGUAAAGAAAUCUUCUUUAGUUCUUACAGCAAGUUUUAAAAUCAAGUCUGUUUAUAAUUCGUGGAGAGUUCCUGGUAGCUAUUAUUAAUAAUACCACCAAGCCUUCUAAUAGAGAGAAACUCGUAAUGGUUUUUUUAGAACAAAAAAACAUACUCUUCAUUUAAGGAAAAGCAAGCUUAAGUCAUGGGAUGAAAACUAUUUUAGUGUUAUUUUCUGGGCUGGUACAUUAUAAUACAUGCUGUGCCCCGUUUCCCAGCUGGUUAAUAUUCAUGUUGAUAAUCAGUCCUUUCAUUUUUGGGUAGGCUGUUUGUGUGAUAAAAUUAUUAUAUGAUAACCAGCAGUAUUUGCUUCUGUAUCAAGACAGUGUAUUAUUUGUGAAAAUAUCUACUUUACUGAUAGUCUUUAUCAGCUUUAUUUACAAGAUAUCUGGCUACUGAUUAACACUCCUAAGAAGCCCAGUAUAUAUUUGGGAUUAUAUUGCAUUGUUCACAAAAAUUAGUAAUGAUGACAGCAUUUCCAUUUCUUGAAAUAAACUGGAAUUUUCACACAGACCAUUACUGGAACAGCACCUGAAAGCAGAUGCCUUUUUGCCUAUAAGGUGAACUUCACCUCUCUUGGAAAAAGGUGCAUUGUUAAAUAUAUAUAAAGCUUUAAUUGCUGUUAGACAUGAAAUUACAAUUUCGUCAGCACGAUUACAGCAAUUGCAGUUGUUACUUAAUAGCUAAAAUUCAUGUCCAUUGAAAAUCCUUAAAAGCUGGUCAAUAGAAGUUUCUAAUAGUCUUUGUUGAGCCACUUAGGUCUGAAAAUUCUAGAUUUAUAAAGCUUUACCAUUUUUCAUUUAUGCAAGUUCCUGCUAGUAAAUCAUCAUUGGAGUUGACAUUUGUUUAUUUUAGGGCCAUUGGUUCCACUCCAUAGUAACUAUCACUUGCUAUAGAUAAGGUUCAGCUGCUCCCCUGCUCCGUUAACAGUGGGAUCCUGUCUUUGGUCCAAGUGCUGCAGGAUUCCUCUGUGGUAUUGGUGGUGCUGUUACUCACUGGAUUGCUGACUGGUCCUAGUCCAGAUCCAGUUUCUAUAACCUGAUCUGGCUGUUUUAUUUCAGUAAUAAUAAACUAAUAAACUGAUCAUGUACUUUCCCUGCCUCCCAGGCAGUACCUUCACAGUUGCUUUGUUAAAGAUUGUAUACAUAUAUUUGUAUGCAAAACUGAGCAUGUGUAAAGGCUUUUAUUAGUUCAGGUGUUCCUGACAGAAAUGUGGUACACUGGAUAGAGAGUACUGAGCUCAGACAGAGGAGACUUUGUUCUGUUGUGUCAUGUUGUACUCUGUGCUCUGGUUUUUAGUGUACUUGGAGAUACUGUGACAAAACAUAAUUCUAUAGAACAGGUAAAAUACCAUUUUAGUCUCAUGUUUUGGCACUGUAACUAUGGCAGACUAUGCCAUUUUCCAAAUGAAGCCCAGCUUAGAAGUGACCAGAAAUUUUUCACUAACACGAAACACAGCUGAAAUGAGCUCUCCUUUCCUUGGACUGGAUUAAUGAGCAGGAGUUUAAAAGUAAAUUUCACAGUGAAAAAUUAGAAUAAAAGCUGUGUUGAAUAUACAACAUUUACCUGUCUAGUGCUUAACAUUUGAGCAGCAAGAUUGUAGUUUCCCUGCAACACCAUACUUGGCAGCAGCAGGCAGUCUUACUCCUUUGCAUGUUGUCUUUUGCCAGCUGAAUUCUCUCAGUUGAAACUCCUUGUCUAGGCUGCUCCUGUAGCAAUGCAGGUGUCUUAUUCAAAUAUAAAAUAAGACAGACCCAUGAUAUCCUUUUAAAAGGCAUUUGCUAAAUAAGGAUCUCAUUGUUACAGCUCAUGAGAUUUAUAAACCGAUGUUCAUUGUGACAAUUGUUUUAUUUCCUGAAACAGUCAGGAACAGAAGAGGAUGAUAUGGAAAAUCCUUACGCUUUUGGGGUAGUUACGCUUUCCCACUGAGACUAGAGAGUAAUUCUAUUAUCUGCUUUAUUAUGGGUGCAGGACAGUUGAUGUAAAAUACUUUGAAAAGCUAGAAUUAACUCAGAGAAUAUAUUCUAUAGAAUUUAUUUCUAAAAUAUUAAAUCUGAUUACUAUUUUUUUAAAAUGGUAGAAAGCUGUUAUUUUCAAAACAGAGUCUAGUUCACUUACGUGUUCCUUGGUAUGAGAAAUCUCAGCAUUUGCCUUUUCAGUGUUUCAAGGUUUUUUAAAAUAUUCUUAAUUUUGCUAUUCUCUGUAUUUUGUCCAUGUGCAAAUUAUUGUCCAUUUUCUCCAAGAAGUGUCAAAUCCAAAGUACAAGUAUUGUGCAGUGAUGAAGUGCAAUGUAGAGAUGUCUGAGUGAACACAUGCUUGAGUUUGUCACACAUUCUCCCUUUUCACUGUCUCUUCCCUCUCCUAAAUCCAAGGCAGCUUUUAAUUUUACAGCUAAUAAAUGUACCAGAGUAUUGUUUAUAGUUAAGGAAGAAAGUUACACCACCUUUGAGGACAUUUCUGCUACCCUGAUAGCUGAUACCAAGAAUUUUACUUUAUGUGAACAUUCACUUUAUGAAACAACUCUUUUGCAACCUUAGUAUUUUCAAUUCUUUCCUUCCUGUUGGUGUUUUGGAGGUCUGUUAUACAUUAAGACUUUCCAUUAAAAUAGAGCACAAGGGCAACUACUGUCCUUUUUGCUGAGAAUGAGUUCUUGAAAAGCCAGGUUUGGUGCGGUUUUGAACAAUGUGAUCUUGUGGAUAGCAGAGGCAAGGGGAGUUGGAACUAGAUGGUCUUUAAGGUCCCUUCCAAACCAGGCCAUUCCGUGAUUCUAAGAGGUAAAAUACGUAUCACCCUACUGGUAUCUUUAGGACAGACACCCACGCCUCAGAAGGUCCCAUUGAGUGGAGAACCAUAUUCCUGGUGCUAUGUGUUGCAUUUUCUCAAUUGAGAGCAGAGUCCUUCAUCCAAGACUGGGGAUGGAACAAAAAAAAAAAAAAAAAGUCAAAAGGUAGAUUUUGUACUUUAUUAACAGAAUUAUUUUAAUUUGGAGUUUAGCAAUGACACUUCUGUUUAAUUAAUCUCCAGUAGACCCAAGUCAAAAAAAGUUUGUCUCUCAUGUACACUCUUCUCUAACUGUUCACUUUUCCAACAAACCAUAGAGAUAGUCCUGAUAGGGAAAAUGGUGGAAGAUACAAAUGCACAUCAUUGUUCUAAUACAAGGAUCAAGAUAAUCCUUUGUCUUCAAACACUUGAGUGAGUGCAGGGAGGAUAGAAAGAACCAUUUAGAGAAAAAAAAAAAAAGAUGAGGAUUAUUUUUCUUCUAAAUGGAACAGUAAAGCAUAUUUAAAAAAAACCCACAACGGAAGGAAAAAGGUAAAUUAAGAUCUCUUCAGUACAAGGAUGGAAAAGUAUAAGGACAUUCACUACAAGCUUUCCACAUGAGAUCAUAAUAUUGUUUGUUAUUUAAUAUAUUGUAACCAAGCAUGAACUCAGCGGAAACAGGAAAUUACUUUUUUUUCCAAACCACAAUUAUACAGGUGGCCAUUAAAUAAAAGACUUAUCCAAAUGCAUGGGGUAAAAAAAACUAAAAACCAACACCCUAGAAGCAUUGCUACCUUAUCACUCUUUGUUGAUGGCAAUUUUAAAGACAAGUUCAAGAUCAUUUUAGUUAACUCUGCUCCCAGGCACAUAUUCUCAUAUACCCAGUUUCUCAGCUAGCAUGACACGCUUAAAGCAAAGACAAAAUGUCCUUUCAUCAGCAUUUUAUCCUGGCAUUUUCAAAUGAGGCUUAGUACAUUAUGGCAGGUAAUUAAUUUAGGUUUCUCCAUCUUAAACUUCUAAAAUACGUUUUUAAGAAUGAAAUUUUGGGUUGGAUUGUGGAUGAAGGUUAAGCUUGCUGGGGUAAUGGGAAAAUCACUGUAAAAAACCAUUUGUGCAUCUCAGAUAUAGAUUCAUCACCAGUUUGCAGCUUCUUGAAAAGAUGAUCAUGUGCACUGGCAGCUGAUUCUCUUGAAACCCGAAGCAAGCAUGCUGGUUUUUUUCAAGCUAUUUCACACAAAUACCACAACUUCAGGUCUCAAAUGCCCAUGCGAACAAGGCUUAAUAACUGGGCAUUUCUUUUGACUGAUUGUAGGCACUUCUAUGGAAAUACGUCUGAAGCGUAGUUUGUGAAAUAUGUUAAAAAAGUGUUUGAUGUAAAAUAAGCGCUAGACAUUUAACAGUGCAAAAAUAGUCAAAAUCUGUAGAUUACAAAAUGUUCCUAAGAUCCUCAGCCUGUAAUGUUGUCUUAGUAAAGUUGAUCUUUUAAGUUAAAUUGCAUUCUGGUGUAAUAACCUCUUACAAAUAAAAUUAUUAAUACAAAUGUACUGGUUAAUACCUGUAAACAUAAAACAUGGCAAUUGGUUAUUUUGAUUUGCUUCAAUCUACAACUUAGAGAAAUUUUGUAAAAAACCACAAACAACACAUUACCCUUUAUAUGUUUAAAGGGUUUUAGCAGACUAUAUUAACAUUCACACUGUCUAGUCCAACCCUGUCUUUUAGCACGUUCAUCUCUCUCUGUAUACAUAUAUAAAUAUAUAUAUCUCCCCACAAGAAUAUAAAAUUGCUUUUGAAAUUUGUGUUGGCAAGUGGUAAAUAGUACACUGUGGCAUAAAUUCAGAAGCACUUAAGUUGAUGGUAUUUCAGACAGGUAAUCCAUUCAAAUGGGACUAGUAAGAAUGUGUAAUUGCAGCCAUUAAUUUAAAAUUUGUACAUUACUUCUAACGUUACUAAUUUCUGAGAAAAAUAAUUACGUGAUGUACUUAACAUUUUCCAUUACAGAUGAUCUUGCAUACUAAAAUUAUGAAGGUCUCAACAGUUAAGCAAGAUAUUUAAUUGGACUGCUGCUUUUAAACUGUUUGAAGAAGCAAAGGGAAAGAAAGUUCAUCUUAAAAUCUGUAUAUGGAAAUAAUUUUAAACUUCAUGAACUACACAUUUCCUUAAUUUCCUUUUUUUUUUAAGCAAAUUGUAACAUCAAAGAUGCCAAAGGGUAAUAUAAGCUACAAUAAUAUUCAACAGAACUUAACCUAGAUCUUAUGUUGUAAUAAUUUAUUCAAAUUAACUGUAUUCUUCUGUAUUUAUAUUUUCGGUAUUUAUUAUGAAUGAUAUGAAAUUUGAUGUAUUUAUUGUGGCUUAUUACUGCAGUGUAUAUAUUACAAAAAUGAGCAUUUUUAAGUCUUAACAUUAGUUUUUUUGUUAAUUAGUGGCACUUGUAUCAGCUGUAUUUUUAUUAUAUAUUGUACAAUAUAUAUUGUCCAUUUGUUUGCAAUGAAGUAAACCAGGUUUCUACCUUA